AUGGAGGGCAUUCUCAGAAAGCUACUGCCAAGCUGCCCAAGGGAGGAAACUAAGGCUCGCUAUUUCCAUUUGAUCACAAGAGGUCUGCUGGAGAUCUCCCCCGUGGAAAGAGGAGUGGUGAGCAUAUUUGGUGUUAGAAGUGGACUCUUCGUGGCCAUGAAUAGCAAAGGCAAACUCUACGGAUCUCUCAGGUAUUCCACCGAGGAUUGUUCCUUUGAAGAGGAGAUUCGUCCAGAUGGCUACAAUGUGUAUAAAUCAAAAAAAUAUGGAAUAUUGGUGUCUUUGAGUAGUGCCAAGCAAAGACAACAGUUCAAAGGAAAAGAUUUUCUUCCACUGUCUCACUUCUUACCUAUGAUCAACACCAUGCCCGUGGAGUCAACGGACUUUGGCGAAUACGGUGAUUACAGCCAGGCGUUCGAACCAGAGGUCUACUCCUCGCCUCUCGAAACGGACAGCAUGGACCCCUUUGGCAUCACCUCCAAACUGUCACCAGUGAAGAGCCCCAGCUUUCAGAAAUGA